CUCAACCUCAAACUGAGUCCCUCCCUCGACCAGCCAUGAUCAUCCACAGGAUCCUCCUCCUCGCCCUGGUGGCCUCGGCAGCAUGGGCUCACCCGCAGCGCCAGCGUCAGUCCCCGCUCUCGAUGGGCAUGCGCUUCCUGGGCAACAUUCGCGACGGCGUCACCAAGACCUUCCAGGGAAUCUUCGGCGGCGGAAACACCCGCCAGACGAAAGAACAGAUCCAGGGUCGUCCCUUCCAGCAGCAGCUCGCGCCACGACCCCACCCCGGCCCCGUGCAGCCCCACGGCGCCCACGAGGUCGUCCAUCACUCGAGCUCCCACACCACGGGGCCCCCCUCCUCGUUCUUCACCGUUGUGCACGAGGCCCCAGAGGCUUCAACCGCAUUCCCAGACAUCCAGGGCUUCACGGACGAAAGUUUCAAGCCCAGCACCUUCUUCAACGGCCACACUCCCUUCCAAGGCAAGGUCGAGGAGGAGGAGCUCCCCCUUGUUGUGAACGAGGUAGUGGUUAGUCGGCCUGAGACCAACGUAUUCGCACGACCCCCGUCUUUCCUGGUCACCCACGACCCACAGGCUGACAAACAUGUCCCUCCCUCCCACAACUCUCAGACGUCCACCUUCUCCUCCUUCGGGAAGUCCCCCCUGGACACCCCGAUCCCCUUCGGUAAUUCGGCAACAUUUAGCCUAGGUAAGCUCAGGGAUAGUUCCUCUGAUCCCCCAUCUCCCUUCCGUGAUGCUGACGAGGACACAGAUGCUCUCGGGCCUUCCUCCCACACCUCCGGCCACGGACCAAGACCCACUCCUUUCGUCCAGCGUCUGAAGCCCAGCGUAGGCUCUCCCGCCCGCGUUGAGCCCACCACACACCCGUUCGUUCACCGCCCACACCCAACUACCCGUCAGUUCCUCCAGCAAACACGGCCUACAUCACGGCCACACUCCUCUCUCAAGACGAAGCCUUCCAGCACGUUCUUCAAGGCAAGCAACCCAUUCAAAGCCUCGGAGGAAAUCACAAAGGCUCCCAAGCACUCUUUUACCUCUUCGAUCCCCGCCGAGCCCUCUUCAGUGGCCUUUAAGCCCAUUGCCCCCUCCCCCUCCCCCUCCCCGACGCUCUUCCGCCACACGCCCUCCGAUGUGGUUCGCCAUGCCGCCCCCGCUCACGAAGUGAGGCCUCAGCGGGAAGCCUUUAAGAAACCGGUGACGCCCGCUAAGGUCGGCGGCGGCCACAUCAACACCGGCACCAAGAUGACCGUCGUCAGUACCCUGAACGAAGAUGGCACUCAGGCCACACAAGUCAAGGGCUACGAGUUCGGAUACGGCGUGCUGGACGGCAACACCGGGAAUCAGUUCUACCACGCGGAGAAGCGCGAGGAAGGACUGACCAAGGGAUCCUACAAGAUCCAGCUUCCCGACGGCCGCGUCCAGACCGUCACCUACGUGGCCGAUGGCAACGGCUUCCACCCCAAGAUCACCUACGAGGGCGAGGCGCAAUACCCCAAUGCCGAACCCGAAGACGCCGUUUAAAGACUCGGUGCAUGAGAGACAAUAUUUAUGACCUGUAGAUCGUGACGACCAGACCCUUUCUCGCGACCUGCAUGAUGCGCGGACGAAAAUUUCGGCCUAAACCAAAGAGAGAAAACGAACAGGAUAGGGAUACCAACCCACAGACGUCAUCAGACGUGACCUGCAUAGUGUGCUAACCUCUCAGUUAUCCGGACUGAAUCCAGCUGCACUUCGUAUCAGCCUGAACCACGCAUGGUGUAGGCCCCGCCAUUGAAGGACUCGUGCAUGUCGUCCUGAAGCAUCGCAAAGGCUGCUAAUGUUCCUGCUCCUUGCAGGCAUUAAAUGCAGGGCAGAGCAACUGAUCCCCUGGCAUUUAGUGUUGUUAUUUUUCUUCAUGUUAUGUACAUAAUCGUUGUUCCUUUUCUUUUUAUGUCCUCUCG